UCGCGCGCCCGUGCCGGCUACCAGAGCCCUCUGGUUAUUCGGUGUUGGGGGAAGUGCAAUUUGCCAGAAUGGCCCCACACCACUGCAGAAUCUGCAGCGCGGCGAUGAGCGCUGACGAUGGGCACAGAGAGUGCCCUGAUUGCCUGGGGGCCGUCCACGUGCUGGAGGACGUAGGCAACCCCUGCAGUGCAGCAGUUGACCUGUCCAGGGGGGAGCGACUUCGCCGUGCCAACCAGGUGCGCGGUCACGCGCAGGAGGGCAGAGCGGAGAGGCGACGCUCACCCCUUCGGUUGCCCCGAUCCCGUAAGCGUGGGCAUAAGCACACACGCAGACAUUCAGAAGAUCGGCAGUAUGAGCCGGCGAAGCGCCCCGCCCCGGCUGAGGCAGCAGGGGGCGGUAGCGCAGAGUCGCGUCAUAUCCUCGCAGUCCUCCAAGCACUAACAGAAAGGCUAGGCAGGCUGGAAGAGCAGAGAGGUCCGCCAUCCCUACCAUCAGGCCAGCAGUGUUUACCCUUACGCAGGCCUGACAGCCAGGUUGAGCAAGAGGAUGAGGCCAAUGAUGUGAUAUCUCUCCUGAAAUCACAGGCCACGGAGGACACAACAGGUGGAGCUGGCCGCGGUGGUGAACCACGUACGGACUCUAGAGGUGAGUCCACAGGGGUGGGGGAGACGCCUGUUAGCUCUCUGAUGUCCAGGGUGCUGAGCGCCGCUAACAUCCUGGGCCUCCAGCCCCCCACACCGGACCCAGUCCCUCAGGGGGGUGUUUGGGAUGGCGUCUCGCACACUAGCCCCCCACCUUCUAUUCCUGUGGCAGAGGACUACACCAGGAUGCUCACGUCCAGUUGGGGCAGGGCCUCGAAGCGGCCCCAGUUUAAUGCAGGCUGCCGUCAGCUGGCAAUGACUGUUUACCCAGCUGAAACAGGGCUUGGGGACAUGCCACCAGUGGAGGAGUCAAUUGCCUCCUGGACAUCGCUGGGCCCUGCCCGGGUGUCCUCCAACCCAAGUUGCCCACAUAAGGAGUGUGCAAAGACGGACCGCCUGGUAACUCGCUCCUUUAAUGCAUCGGCACGAGCAGCCCGCACAGGCAAACUGCAGUGGAUCCAGAUUCUCACCGAUGGUGGUGGUGAGCUCUCCUGCAACAACUCUCUCCAUGCAUUUGCACAGGAUAGAGACCCGGCGGACGGAGAUGCCAUGGGCCUGGUGGAAGCUGCCCUAUCGGCUCACUCCCAGCUUACACGUGACGUGGGAGAUUCGAUGGCUGCUGCAGUGUUGUGCCGUCGGCAGGUGUGGCUUGCGCAGACCUCUCUGCCAGAGGCCAUCAGGACGGAGCUGCUCAAUCUCCCUGUGGCGCCUGGGCCAUACCUCCGGUUUGCCUUCCAGGGCAGGGCGUUCCAGUUCCAGGUCCUCCCCUUCGGCCUCUCACUGGCCCCAAGAGUUUUCAGCCGAGUGGUCUCCGCCACACUAGCCCCACUACAGGUAGUGCGCGACACCAAUACGUUGCUGGCCCACAUCCAGUUCUUAGGCUUUACAGUCAACUGGAAGAAGAGCAAUGUUCAGCCCCGUCAACAGGCAGUGUUCCUGGGGAUUCUCUUCGAUUCAGCCAGUAUGAAAGCGUCUCUCACUGGUCGGAGAGCGUACAGCUUGAUCGAGACCCUGAAGCAUUUUCGGCUGGGCAAGCUGGUUACCGCCAACAGAGCCCAGAGACUGCUGGGCUUGAUGGCUGCAGCAGCUGUAGUGGUUCCACUUGGUCUGCUGAGGUCUCGGCCCUUCCAGUGCUGGUUCAAUGCUUUCCAACUCGACCCAAGAGACGACAGGCAGGUCAAGCUGCGUGUUUCUCGAGCUUGCAUUUGGGCACUGCGUCCUUGGAGGAACAGGGAGUUCCUGCUCAGAGGUGUCCCCCUGGGGGGUCUCCACACAGGAGACAGGUCAUCUCGCCUGAUGCAUCCCUAA